AUGUGCCACCCGGAAAUGCUUCUUCAAAUACCCGAAAUAGACGAUCCUGUCGAGCGCUUUGUUUCCGUUGUCAAGUUUUACCUCAGUGGAUGGCAUAUCCGACCCCCAGGUGUCAAGAAGCCACUCAACCCUAUUCUUGGCGAAAUCUUUACCUGUUACUGGGAGCUCGGGAACAACAAGCGAGCAUACUACAUUUCCGAGCAAACAUCGCACCAUCCUCCAAAGUCGAGCUACUUCUACAUGGCCCCGGACUAUCACAUUCGAAUCGACGGUACCUUGAAGCCGAGGAGCAGAUUCCUCGGCAACUCUGCUGCUAGCAUGAUGGAGGGUGUCGCAUACCUGAGCUUCUUGAAUAGAGGGAAGAACAAAGCAAUUGGAGAGCAAUACAUUUUGACCCAGCCAAACAUGUAUGCUCGCGGUAUUCUGUUUGGAAAGAUGAAGUAUGAGCUCGGUGAUCAUAGCUUUGUACGAUGUCCAGAACUGGACCUGACCGCGGACAUCGAGUUCAAGGUGAAGGGCUGGGUCAGUGGUACAUACAACGCAAUUGGCGGAGUUAUCAAGCGGGAAAGCACCGGCGAGGUUCUUUAUGAACUGUCAGGACUCUGGAGUGAUGAGAUGUUCAUCAAGGAUACCGGGCAUAAGGACAUGUUCUUCAACGCCAUGACGUCUAAGCCAAGCUCACCAAAAGUUCGACCCUUGGCUGAGCAGGAGGAGCGAGAAUCACAGAAACUUUGGGCUUCAACUGCAAAGGCUGUCAAAGAGAAGAAUCACGAAGUAGCUACUGAUGCAAAGACCAAGAUCGAGGACAGGCAACGGGAGGAAGCCGCUGCCAGAGCACAAGAUGGCGUUGAUUGGCAUCCGCGUUUGUUCCGACGGGUCAAGCCUGGCGAUGGUGUUGGGGAUGAUCUCGAAUGGAUCAUCCAUACUCCAGUAGACCCUACGGCGUCCCCCGAAGAGCAAACUAAACAGUUCUUGUCUAUCUACCCCGUAGUUGAUGGGCAAAAACUGGAUGGCGACUUCGCCAUCCCACCUCGAAAGGAAGCGAACGGUCAAGCGGAAAAGAAUGGCGUGGCAGGUGACCUUAUUGACAUUGGUGGUGAUGACCCGCCUACACAGCCAAUAACAAACAAUAAGUCUACUGAGAUUGAGAAUUUGCUAAACUCGACGGGAAACCCGGCAGAGGGCGCACUAAUCGAUUUUGCCGACGACAUGAAGAAGGAUUUACCAGCCGCCGGCGAUAAGCCUUAG